AGGGGAAAUCUUCGCCAGCCGCGCAAUAACAAGCCGCUCUGCAAGGUCAGGACUCCAGAGGAUACCGUUUUCAUGCGCACUUUGGCUGAGUCGUGUCUAUGCAGUGGUGCCACAAGAAGCCGCGCGCAGACGGCUUCGAUCAUUGCGGCAGAUACUGCGCGAAUGAAGACCGCCGUGCGCAUCAGGGAAGGCAGCGCAGUCGCCACUAGAUUGAGUUACCGUACCGGGGACGUAGGAUCUGCAUAACCAUCUUUACAUAGCCAGCACGAUGUAUUUAUGCGCAGGGCGCUUCUUCGACUAUUUGUACAGCUGGAAUACUUAGUGAAUCGG